AUGACAGCGACAACAACAGAAAACACUAUAGCCGCACUUACAGCCAUUUUUGCCAUUGAGGGUUAUCCUAAAACUUUAGUCAGUGAUAACGGGCCUCAACUUACAUCCGACUCGUUUAAUCAGUUCUGUCAGCUACAUGAAAUAAGCCACAUCACAACCGCCCCAUUUCAUCCAGCAUCAAAUGGACUUGCUGAGCGCUUCGUCCAAACAUUCAAAACGUCCGUCAGCAAAAAUAUAAAGGAUGGAUAUCGAGUCAACACAGCCGUAACAAAGUACCUCAGAACGUAUCGUUUCACACCUAACUCUGAAGGAAAAACACCUGCAGAACUUCUUCAUGGUCGUCCGGUUCGAACGAUCUUAAGUCAACUCUUCGAGAAGAGAUCUGAAGGCUGCAGACGCAGCAAACAAAGUUUCAUCAAGCGCCACAUAAACCAGAUAAAGCCAAGAUCUGACCCUGAUAACUGCAGCUCCAGCUACAACGAGGACAACAAUAAGUUUUGGUGGGCUCCUGAAGUCUCAAGUUCGCCCGCAACUCCGACGACACUAACCCAAGAAGAAGAACCGUCAUCCGAUCCAGUACAGAAUUCUCAAUCUAUUGCUGGCUCCAACGAAGUGCCUGCAGCAUCUACACAAAACGUUCUACAACAACCCCAACAACGACGUUCGGGUAUCCCCAUCCGUAGCAGCACUCGCCAACGCAGAGUCCCCAGCCGCUACUCACCUUAG